AUGGCUUCUGAAAUGAUAAAGUUUUUGUGGGCCAAAAUCAAAGCCAAACCAUUGGUGGCAAUAGGAAGGUCUAUAUUCUUCUCUCUUCUGAUGAUCCAGAGUGGAUUCCUUGCGGCAUACCCAGCAACUUAUCAAGAUAGAGACACUGCUGCGUUAUUUCUUCUGUGCAUUCCAGUUCUGGUCUACUGGAUCUACUGCCUUUGCACUGAAGCAAGCCUUCUAAGAAUGUUUUACACCUGGGGACUUUACCUUGUAGUUUUCUUGAUUCCCAUGAUUGCCACCAUAUUUGCUGUAGCUGGCGACGACCUCGAUAAGACGAAAUUCCUCGGCCCCAACGCCUUAAAGGUAGUCUUGUGCCUUACACCGGUUCUCUUUCUAUUUCUGCCGAACACAGCUUCGGGAUUAAGUGAAAGUGACGACUACCGACAGCUUGCUUUCAGACUGACCAUCCAGGUAACCAUAGAUCUCUUUGAUGCUGUUGAAAUGCUUGAUAUCGUCCUCAACGAGAACGAAAACAGCCAUGGAAUUCCAAAAUGGUUUGGAAGACUCAUGGUGGCACUUGCAUGCUUCAGCUUCCUGUUGUCUCUCUUACAAAUGGCAGAAAACAAACUCGACAAAGGAAUAGUCGAGCAGCGCAAAUGCCUUGCCAUUAUCCGUAACUUGGUGCAAAUGGCAUGUGUCAAUUUCGUGUUUAUGGUAAUUCGUCUGGAUAUCUUUUUCAAGUACAAGAAAGAGGAGUCAAUCUUUAUCGCGAAGAAUGGGAUCGCUAUCUACUUUUCCGCGUUGGAGAUAUACUCGAUUUGCCGAAAUCAGCGAAAUCGGCAGGCUGAUGAAGCUUGA